AUGGCUGCAGGUCCUAUGCAGCUCGAUCUGAGCAACGCUCAGAUCACCCAAGACGAGUCCGGCAGACCCUUCAUUAUCGUCCGUGACCAAGGCAAGAAGCAGCGGACGCAUGGGACGGAUGCUGUGAAGCAGCACAUCCAAGCCGCACGAACCAUCACUUCGAUCGUCAAGAGCUCGCUGGGCCCACGAGGUCUCGACAAAAUCCUCAUAUCACCCGAUGGCGACAUCACAGUGACGAACGAUGGAGCGACCAUUCUCGGACAGAUGGAGAUCAAGGAUCACAUUGCAAAACUCCUGGUGUCACUCUCGCAGUCACAAGAUGCGGAGAUCGGAGACGGUACAACAGGUGUCGUCGUUCUGGCCGGCGCGCUUCUUGAACAAGCCUCAGAACUCAUUGACAAGGGCAUUCACCCGAUCCGGAUUGCAGACGGCUACGAUGCGGCAUGCGAUGUCGCAGUGCGGGAGCUCGACCAGAUCGCAGACGUUAUUGACUUCACCAAGGAGAAGACAGAGAACCUCUUCAAGGUGGCCAAGACAUCACUGGGAAGCAAGAUCGUCUCGAAGACACAUGACCAGUUCGCGCAGAUGGCAGUGGAUGCUGUACUUUCCGUCGCCGAUCUGGAGAGGAAGGAUGUGGACUUUGAGUUGAUCAAGGUCGACGGCAAGGUCGGAGGUGCUCUGGAAGACUCGUUACUGGUCAAGGGUGUCAUAGUUGACAAGGACUUCUCACACCCUCAAAUGCCUUCUGAGGUACGCGACGCAAAGCUUGCCAUCUUGACUUGCGCAUUUGAGCCACCGAAGCCAAAGACCAAGCACAAGCUCGACAUCACCAGCGUCGCAGAGUUCAAGGAGCUACAAAAGUACGAGCAGGCCAAGUUCACCGAGAUGAUCCAGCAGAUCAAGGAUACCGGUGCCAACGUCGUCAUCUGCCAGUGGGGGUUUGACGACGAAGCAAAUCACUUACUCCUCACCAACGAGCUACCUGCUGUGCGAUGGGUUGGAGGUCCAGAAAUUGAGCUCAUCGCCAUUGCCACAAACGGUCGCAUUGUGCCUCGAUUUGAGGACCUAAGUGCACAAAAACUUGGCAAGGCCGGCGUGGUGCGCGAGAUGUCCUUUGGCACAACAAGAGAAAAGAUGCUGGUCAUUGAAGAGUGCGCCAACUCGCGAGCGGUUACUGCCUUCAUCCGUGGCAGCAACAAGAUGAUCAUCGACGAGGCCAAGCGAUCACUACACGACGCACUUUGUGUCGUUCGCAACUUGGUUAAGGACAACCGAAUUGUAUAUGGUGGCGGCUCUGCCGAGAUCGCAUGCUCUUUAGCUGUCGAGAAGGAAGCGUCACAGACACCUGGUCUGGAGCAGUACAGUAUGCGUGCCUUCGCCGAUGCGUUGGAUGCUGUACCCAUGGCACUCGCAGAGAACAGCGGUCUCAGUCCUAUCGAGACAUUAUCGGAGCUCAAAGCGCGACAAGCGAAGGGCGAGGGUCGAGGCCGUCUUGGUGUCGACUGCAUGCAGACCGGUUCCAACGACAUGAAGCAGCACUUUGUGAUCGACCCCUUGAUCUCCAAGAGACAACAACUUCUUCUGGCGACCCAGCUAUGCCGCAUGGUACUCAAGAUCAACAAUGUAAUUGUCGCUGGUAGCGAUGACAACGACUUCUAG